GCGUCUCCUCCAGCAUCUCCUGUGGCCGCGUUUGCCCGGAGACUGACCGACGGACAGAUCGUCUGGCGGACGGGCUCGGGAGCUCGCCUUGUGCUCGGGACCAGCUUCAGCGAAGCUCGGGGCUUGCGGCGCGCGCUUCCCAGCCCGCUCGCGGCCCCUCCGGCUCCGGCGGCCUCGGCGCGCGAGGGGCUGGAGGUGCGGGAGCCGCUCUCCGCCGCUCCGUCCCUGCGCUGCUCAGCCCCGGCUGCCGCGCCGCGGCCCCGAGCGGCGUCCCUGAGCCCCAGCUCCCCGCCGGGCUGCUCCGAGCAACGGUGCUCCGGGGCUCCAAACUCGGGCUGCCGGGGCAAGUGUCUUCAUGAACCCAGAGGAUGUCCGGGAAGCAUUACAAGGGUCCUGAAGUCAGUUGUUGCAUCAAAUAUUUCAUAUUUGGCUUCAAUGUCAUAUUUUGGUUUUUGGGAAUAGCAUUUCUUGGAAUUGGACUGUGGGCGUGGAAUGAAAAAGGAGUUCUGUCCAACAUCUCUUCUAUCACCGAUCUCGGCGGCUUUGACCCGGUUUGGCUCUUCCUCGUGGUAGGAGGAGUGAUGUUCAUUCUGGGAUUUGCUGGCUGCAUUGGAGCUCUACGGGAAAACACUUUCCUUCUCAAGUUUUUUUCUGUAUUCCUGGGAAUUAUUUUCUUCCUGGAGCUCACUGCUGGGGUUCUGGCAUUUGUUUUCAAAGACUGGAUCAAAGACCAGCUGUAUUUCUUUAUAAACAACAACAUCAGAGCAUACAGAGAUGACAUUGAUUUGCAAAACCUCAUAGACUUCACCCAGGAAUAUUGGCAGUGCUGUGGGGCUUUUGGAGCUGAUGAUUGGAACCUAAAUAUUUACUUCAAUUGCACAGAUUCCAAUGCAAGUCGAGAGCGAUGUGGCGUGCCCUUCUCCUGCUGUACUAAAGACCCCGCAGAAGAUGUCAUCAACACUCAGUGUGGCUAUGAUGCCAGGCAAAAACCAGAAGUCGAUCAGCAGAUUGUAAUCUACACGAAAGGCUGUGUGCCCCAGUUUGAGAAGUGGUUGCAGGACAACUUAACCAUUGUGGCUGGUAUUUUCAUAGGCAUUGCAUUGCUACAGAUUUUUGGGAUCUGCCUGGCCCAGAACCUGGUGAGUGAUAUUGAAGCUGUCAGGGCUAGCUGGUAGAGCACCUGCAACAGCUGCUUCCAGACACUGGACAGACCCGGCUUUCCUGACCCUCCAGUGCGCCCAAUUGAUACCCAUGCUGCACGGACCCUAAUCACAGAGGCAUCCUGCAUUCCCACCUGAUGGAGCUGCCAAGAACUUAGUUUUUGGGGGGUAGAACUGGGACAUGCUGCUCACUGACAGAAUUAAAAAAAAAAAAAAAAAAAAACAGUAUGAAAGUCAUUGCGCCGUGAAUCUCUACUGUAGCCAUGAAUUUCUGGAUGAUUGGAUACUUACCAAAUGA